AUGCCUUCUAAUUACCGCAGCUUCCGAAAAAGUGUGCCGUGGCUAAUCCUUUUUCUGGAAACUGUUUUCGUCAUCCUCUUCUACUUUUUGUUCUCAGGUUACAAUGCCUCCAUCUCAAACAUUUCCUACACAGAUUUUCAAGAUGUCAACAACAUGGUGAUUUUUGGAUUUGGCUUUUUCCUGGCGUUUCUAAAAAGAUACAGCUUUAGCAGCACAGGAUUCAACCUCCUCGUUAUUGUACUUGGUGUCCAGUGCUCCAUUCUGAUGGAAGGUUUAUUGGUUCUCCUCCUCCAAGAAGCAAAGGAAGGUGGUCUGAAAAUCAUAACAACGGCUGUUGUGAGUAUGACUGCUGUGGUCAUCUCCAGUGGAGCAGUUCUUGGGAAAACUAAUCCUAUACAAUUAAUUGUGAUGACAGUUGUAGAGGUAAUAGUUUUCCAUGUGAGCAGAUGGAUCAACAAGCGAUUCCUGCAGGUUCCAGACAACCUCAGCAUGAUGCACGUUCACCUGUUUGGAGCCUACUUUGGUCUGGCAGUCUCCUCACAUUUCUCUGAGCCAUCACCAAGGUCUGAGAAGAAUGCAAGUACCCCGAAGUCGGAUUUAUUGUCAAUGUUGGGCACUCUCUUUCUUUGGGUAUUCUGGCCAAGCUUCAAUUCUGUACUAGCUGAUGCAGACAAGACCAAAGCAAUCUACAACACCUACUUUGCACUUGCAGUGAGUGCUGUAACUGCCUUCACCUUGUCUGUUCUCACCACAAAGGAUGGAAAAUUCAGAAUGACUCAUGUCCACAGUGCAGCACUAGCGGGUGGGGUUACUGUUUGUUAUGCAGCAGAGAGUAUUGACUAUCCCUGGAUUGCAAUGAUUUUGGGUCUGCUUGCCAGUCUGAUAACCAUAUUAGGAUCUUUCUGUUUACAGAGAUACUUGAAUCCUGCUCUCAAGAUUCAUGAUGCAUCUGGAGUUCAUUUCACUUUUGGCUUGCCUGGUUUACUUGGAGCUGUUGCCCAGGUUGUUCUCUUAGUAAUAAAAAAAUGGACUGUUUUACCAAGCCUGGGUUAUGUGGUCAUGAUUUACAUCGGUGCCUUCUGCCUGACCAUCAGUGUUGCCUUGAUAACAGGUUUUAUUACAGGUUUAAUCUUAAACUUCAAACUGUUGAAGAUCAUCCCUGUAUCAAAGUAUUUUGAAGACCACUUUUAUUGGGAGUUUCCCCAUUUGGCUGUUGGAUUUUGAAUGGAUGAACCCACAUGAAAGAUCGACCAAGAGAAGGUCACUAGAUAAAAUGAGUAACUAUGAUGGGAUGAAAGAGCAAUCAAUUAUCAAUUCUCAUGCUCAAAAAAGCCUUCCCACACAAAAGUUUGGUAACAAACUGUUCUAGUUAUUCUUGAAAGACCAGGCUGUAAAUUUACAGAUGCAAAAGUUAUUGUGCAUUUAGCUUUUCUGCUUUAAUGGUCUUGCCUUAAAUAGUUUGUAGAACACAUACAAAAAAGUUUGCUGCAUUCAUCGCUGUAAUGGCUUAUCAGUGAAAAUGCUUAGAAAUUUUUAGAAAGCUAUUUUUAACUCCCCAGUUUAAAAGCCAAAAUAUGUAUUUUAAUAUUAUGUGUACAGGGAGUACACUUACUCUGAUGUAGCGAAGUGUUAAAGUGCUUGUUUUUAAGCUAAAUUCUGUUAGAGGCCUUGUAAAGCAAGGAUUUAAUGACUGAGCUGGAUCUGGGCCAGAACUCUGCAUCUUGCCAGACUGAACUCUUGAGUUACCUGACUGCCUGAAGAAAAAUCUACACUUGCGUGGUUCAGGCUAGCUCUCUGGAUGUUCAAACGGCAAGAAAUUAAAUUGUUCUGCUUGUGGAUGACAUCACUGAAAUCAACAGCAUCAUUACUCAUUACUUCCGGAACAAGCCUUAGAACACUAUUCUUGAGCAGCGACAGUCUGCACAUGGUCAGCUAUCCAAAAGGCUCUGGCUGCUGUAAAGCCGUGAAUGUCAGUCAGAGAAUGAGGGAAUAGUCCUUCCUUGGGUAUUCCCAUUUGUUUGGAUAGGGCUGGUUAUGCGAUAAAUUUAACUGGAUUAGGCCUAAUUUUGUGCAACAAGCUUCAUGGUACCAAUGCUAAAACCCAAUUUCCAAAGUGUCUCACGCUGAAUUUUGAUGUUUUCUUUUUUCAUAUUUUUAAAAAGUGGUUUGUUUUUUUAAACAUUUUAAGGAACAUUAUAUAGAGCUUCUACGCUGUAGAUACAAGAAUUGGUAAUAGCACAUACUAUUUUUUUUGUACUGGAUGGAUGGUCAACUUGGAAAAGUAAAAGAUUUUAGAAUGUAUUGAUUUAAGACUGCCAGUAAGAUGUUUUAAAGGCCUUACUUUUGAUUUGAAUGGAACACAGCACAUACCUGUUUGCAGAGGACUUCAGCUGAGACAAGCAGGGGCUUUGGUCCAUGAGCUACAGCCUCACUGUGCAGAAGAUUCUGUGUAAACAAACCCCUUUUUUAUGGAUUACAAUCCUGUGUUUCUUCAUUAUUUCCAAAUAGUUGAUAUGUAAGUUCUUACAUAAUUAAAAAAGUCAGGCUUUGAUUGUUUUUAUUUAUUCAGCACACUUGCUUAAAAAUGAAGUAAUGAGGGGAAAAUUGCAACACUGAAAACAAAGGGUAAGUUCUUUGUUCACUGUAGCAAUGUAUGCUGACCUCAACUCGUUUAUUAAGAGAAUAAGCAAAGUAGAUCACUGCAAUUAAAGGAAGUGUGAGACAGGUUUCAAAGUUACUCAGAGCAAGUGCCAGUUUUUCUUAAUCCCAGCUCACAAAAUAGCCAGUGAUCUUACUUAUUUUACCAACUGCAUGCAGCUUCCAUCAGCUUACAGUGCUAUUCAGCUUGAUACAUAUGCACUUACACACUUGCAUUAUUUCACAUUUAGUGCACUCCUGCAAUCCAAGCUGAACUUGUAUAUUCAGUAUUUUACUUUUCAGCAAUGAAACAAACAUAACUUCUGCAAUGCAAAGUUCUUCUGAUGUUUUCUAGCAGAAGUCAUUUUACGGAAUCGGAUUUUAUCCCCCCCUUUCCUCCACAUCUUUUUGCUCAGCGAUUUCUUGAGCAAGUAGCCAAAAUGUAUGUAGAGGAAGGGGUAAAAUAGCUCUUCCUGUAUCUCACUGUUCACGUGAGUAUGCUUACGGGAUCAGAAUUCUCCCUGGUAGUGACUGUCCCUGGUCUAACUCCCAGCUGAAGAGUAUUCUUCCCUCAUUUUUAUUGUUGUUAGGAAAUAGCUUACAGCAAGCUUUGUGGAUGAACUACCUACAGCUAGAGCAACUAUAUAAUUUAUACUUGUGCCUCUACAAUGUCAUCCACAGCAACAGUAAAUUAUUUACCAGUGACUCUCUCAAUAUCACCAUAGAAUAAAUGAAAUACUCAAGGGGGAAAAAAGU